AUGGAGCCUCUAGUGUACAGGACUGUUGGACAGGAGUUAAGCCGAGUUGCGAGUGAAUUUGGUGAUCACGAAGCUUAUGUGUGUGUUGAGGAGAACAAGAGAUUCACAUAUGAUAAGCUAAAAAUAAAGUCAGAUCGUUUGGCUGCUGGAUUUAGUGCCAUUGGUCUAACCAGAGGAGAUCGAAUUGGAAUUUGGGCUCCUAAUGUUGCAAUGUGGCCAGUUGUGGCAUUUGCAGCUGCAAGAGCUGGACUUAUUCUCGUCACCCUAAAUCCAGCUUAUGAGCCUCCAGAGAUGGAAUUUGUUAUGAAGAAAGUUGGGAUCAAAACUCUUGUCACGUCAGAGAGUUUUCGUAGUGAGGAAUACUACGAAAAACUAUUAAAAAUUGUACCCGAAUUGGAUAGUUCUUCUACAGGAAAAAUUCAAAGCAAGAAACUGCCACUACUUUCCAGCAUUUUAAUUGAUUCUGACAAGUACUUCCCAGGAACAUUUCGGCUGACUGACGUAGAAGCCAUGGCAACAACUUCUCAAAUUAAUGAAAUUGAAGAUCAACAGAAAACUAUUAGCCCAGAUAGUGGUUACAUCAUUCAGUUUACAUCUGGAACAACAGGAGCACCAAAAGCUGCUCUUUUAAAGCACUUUGCUAUUGUUAACAGUGCAAUUUCUUUUGGAAAUCUAAUUGGAUUGCUAAAUGCGAAAAUAUGUGCUCAAGUUCCAUUUUUUCACAUAUAUGGAGUUGUAGGUACAAUCAUGGCUAGUUUAUCUUCACAUGCAACGGCUGUGCUUCCAUCGAUUGUCUACAAUCCUGAUAAAUCUCUUAUCUCGAUUAAAGAUGAAGAGUGUCAAGUUAUUUAUGGUACACCAACAAUGUAUGUUGACUUAGUGAGCAAACAAAGAGAAAAGAUGUUCGAUCUUAGGGUAAAAACUGCUAUAACUGGAGGAGCAUUAUGUCCAGCACAGUUGUGUAAGGACAUGAAGAAUGUACUGAAAUUGGAGAGAGUGCAAUCAGUUUACGGAAUGACCGAAACAACUGGACUGAGUUUCGCUUCGCUUCCUAAUGAUACAGAUGAGCAGGGUCUCGAGACAAUUGGUUACGUUCUGGAUCACGUUGAGGUGAAAGUAAUAGACAAAGAGGGGAACCCUGUACCAUUUGGAACACCAGGAGAGCUAUGUACUCGUGGAUACUUAAACAUGCUAAAAUACUGGGAUGAUGAAGAAAAGACUAAGGAAAUUAUAGAUAAAGAUGGUUGGCUAAGAACUGAGGAUCAGUUUGUUCUCCAAGAAGAUGGAUAUGGAAAGAUCAUUGGAAGACUAAAGGAAAUAAUCAACAGGGGAGGAGAGAACAUUUAUCCCAAAGAAAUUGAAAACUUCUUGGCUACAUGCCCUCAAAUUGCCGAAGUUAAUGUUCUUGGGGUUCCGGAUGAGCGUUUAGGAGAGGAAAUAUGUGCAUUUGUACGUCUCCGAGUAGGGUCUGAAUCCUUCACUGAGAAGGACAUUAAGGAAUUUUGUAAGGGAAAAAUUGCAUUUCAUAAAAUUCCGAGAUACAUUGAAAUAGUAACAGAAUUCCCGAAGACCCUUUCAGGCAAAGUUCAAAAGUUCAAACUGCAGGAGGAGUUCAGUAGAUCAGCUCAUGGUAGGUGAAACUCUCCAAUGAUCGUUCAGCAAUUAAAUUUGAUGUUGAAAUCUUUUACAAUUGCAGUUUCAAAUCAAAUUUUAUUAGAUUUGAGCAAUUUUUUGGUUAAUAAACCGCCCAGUUAAUUACUUUACGUUUUCUUUUACAAAAAAAAGCAUCAAAAUACCUCAAAGUCCUGGAAAACUUAGGGUCAAUUUAUACUAUCACUGUAUAAAUUUGCAUUAUUAGAAUCGAAUUUUAUAAAUUGUGCAAAAUUUCUUUUUAAUACUUACGUUUUAUAAAAAUAUUGCUAUUUGAAACUCGUAAUAAAGCGUACUAGAGUAAGGGCUCAUAAUUUUGACCAGUCUUCUUAUAAACAUCGAUGUUCCAAGUUUGAAGUGCGAUAUUUUUAAUACUAAUUUACUUUUUUUGUUACUCUCUUUUCAGAAGGGUUGUUUAGAAACUUGGAAAGGGUUUAUUGUCUUUGUUUUUACUAAAAUUAGUUUUAAUACGUUUAAAAAUGAAUUGAUAUAUAGAGAUGAAUUUGACUCUUAUUUUGGACAAUUUGGUUAUUAAUUUGGACAACUUGGCUAUAAAUAUGGACAGCUAAUCCGCCUCAACAGGAUGCCCAUUGUCCUUCAUUCAUGAACCAAUCCUACCAAGUCCUCUUCCUGUUCAUGUAAGGGAAACGUAGAAUGUCACAAGAAGCCCGGAAACUUUCCAUAUCAUUCAUUAAAGUGAGUUGACUUCGAUACUCUAAGUACGUGCGGAUUCGCUCAUUCCCUGGCAUUUCCGGGAGCCUUUCAGGGCAUUUCUCGCUACAUUUCUUUCGUAGAGAUGAUGCUUCUUUGUUUCUCCAGGUAUUUGUCCAACCUAGUCAUCACAAAGGCUACAACUUCACGAAAUUUCGUGAGAAAAACACCUGUCCAAAAUAAGGAGUAUCAUCUCACUGGUAAAUGUCUUAAAACAUUUCCCAUUUUUCACACGAAAAAUCAAAUUCACAAGGCAAACCUCACUUCAGGUAAAAUGUACAAAUCACCAUUAAUGUAAAUCAACACAAUAUUCAAUGAAUAUUUAAAAAUAUCACUGGAAAACAACGAGGAAAAAAUGUUAGUACUUCACCACAGCUAAAUAAGACUGAAGUAAACACGAAGUUCUGUCAUAUUUCUCGUAAGCAAUUGCUCACACUGAAUUUUUAACAAAGCAAUUUCAACUCAAAUCA